GACCAGUGACGCUCGGUGGCCGUCCUCAGCUGGACAGACUCGGCUGGAUAGCUACAGAGCUGGUCAGACUCGGCUGGAUAGCUACAGAGCUGGGCAGACUCGGCUGGACAGCUACAGAGCUGGUCAGACUUGGCUGGACAGCCACAGAGCUGGACAGACUCGGCUGGACAGCUACAGAGCUGGUGCCACUCGGCUGGAUAGCUACAGAGCUGGUCAGACUUGGCUGGACAGCUACAGAGCUGGUGUCACUCGGCUGGAUAGCUACAGAGCUGGUGCCACUCGGCUGGACAGCUACAGAGCUGGUGCCACUCGGCUGGACAGCUACAGAGCUGGUGUCACUCGGCUGGACUUGACUAGUCACAGCCACAGAGAGUGGUCCUAGCCUGUGGUGGCUGAGUUAGAGUGUUGACAGACACGAUGGCUACUCUGUGGAUUGUGGUGGUGUUUGUGAUAGUGUGUAUGAAGGCGGUGACGGUCUCAGCAGCAGCAGAGACGGCAGGGGAGGAGAACACAGGAACGCAGAGCGUCUCGCUCACAUGUCAACAGUGCACCUGCGGUCAGCAGGAGAGCGUGUUCAGUUUCCACUGUGAACUGACAGGGACAGAGGACGUGGUGCUCAACUCGUCUGGUCCGUUGGACUUCUCCAGCCGGACGCUCUACAUGCGGGUGGAGGGCGCUCGCUCGCUGCACAUGGGCGAGGACUUUCUGUCCGCGCUGCGGCGCUACUACUCCGUGGCCGUCGACCUCUGGGGCAUUGGCAACGUGACGUUCGCCGCAGAGUUUCGACCCAAGAACAGGUUCCUGUUCAUGGGUGUGGGCAUCGUCAACUGCACGGUCCCGGAGCUGCCGCGCGGCGUGCUCUCCCACAGUAACGCUGUGGGUCUGCGGGUCUCCGGCUCCCAGCUGGGGGUGAUUCGACGCGGCGCCUUCGCGCAGGUCAACAAGGUGCGGUACAUCGAGCUCUCUUCGAGUCAGGUGACCACUGUGGAGGGUCCCCAGAUGGGCCGUCUGGAGUUGAGUCACCGGCGGCACGUGCAUCACGGCAGUUCCGGGCUGCGGGUGCACGGCUGCCGACUGGGAGCCGUCCAGGAGGGCGCGCUCAGUGUCGACACGCAGAUGGAGGAUGAAUUUGUCGAGAUCUCGGACACGGUUAUCUCAGAGCUGGGACCGGGCGGUCUGUCCGCCACCGGCGUCGGCUCCGCCACCAUCAACCACACCGUCUUCGGCUACCUGUCGACCGGCGCCCUAGAUCUGAGCACGCGCGGCGGCAUCUCCCUGCUGCACUCUCGAGUGCUGGCCGCCGCGCCCGCUCCGCUGUGGAGGGUCCGAGGCGGAAACGGCACUCAGCUGAAGAACAUCACAUUCGAGCAGCCGCCCUCGGCAGCGAUGGUGGUUCUCGACCAGCCGACGGGGGCGGAGCGGCUCAGUCAGCUGAGGUUCCCUUGUCCCGACGGGGCGCCACUGGGCGCCGGCUGGACGGCGGCGGCUGUGGCCGGUCGACAGACGGUCCCCGAGGGCCUGCGCCGGUACCUCCAGCUGGCAGAGGAGGCCGCCGAGUGCCACCCAGAGCCGGGGAAGGAUGAAAAAGGCCCGCAGUCGGCCGCCGCGGCCCAGCCGCCCCCAGAAGCCGCAGGUGGUACGGGGAUGUUCACUAACGCUGGACAGGUCGGCCUGGAGAUCCUGAUACUGACUCUGGCCGCGGCGGUGGUUACGGCCAUUGUGAAGGUGGUGCUGAUUGUGCGGGAACGGCGCCUGUCUGGGCGGAUGGAUGUCAGUGACGCACAGAUACUGGUGGAAGCCAGCGACGCCCCAGGGCCGUAGAGCAGGGAGCGGGGAUCACAGACUGGUGUCGGCAUGGCUGGUGAUUACAGGCGCUGACAAACACUGGAGACUGACGCCGACACUGACUGGAGUUGACUGAGCUCCACUGCAGUGACUGGGCUGAGCAAGUCUGGAGUGACUGGACUGAGAUGAACUGAGCGCCGGUCGAAAAAAACCGCCGUAACGGGUAGCGAACUUACCAAAGCGUAGUCGAGCAAAGAGAAAAACGUGAUAUUGACAACAUAAUACGAGGCCUAAUGCCAAUACCUAGCGCGCGCAAUGUAUAAAAAGGGCCACUAUAAUAUAAACUACUUUUAA